UGUUUCUCCACCCACGAGUGCACCCAUCACGACUCUCUCUCCGCCGAGGACCUCCCAACAUGUGGCCCAAGCCUGUCUAGUCCCAGGCAAGGCACCACGCAAGUGCCAAGCCCCAAAGCGUCGAGAGCCUCCUCCUACCUUACCUUACUGCUCGGCCUGGGUCCCGCUCGUAGCCUUCAAUACCACCAUGAUCCUCGCCAAGACCAGGGAUAUGCCAAGAUGCGCACGCGUACGCAAGCCAUCACCCCCCUUCCGGGAGUCUCCCAGACUGGACCAGAGAAGGAAGAGAUGAACAGUACUGCAGUCUGCAGGACAAGGCCUGCUCGAGUUUCUCCAGAAGAGCCCAAAGGAAAGGGUCUUGGCCCUUGGCAACAGAAGCUUAGCCAAGAGAUGUCUUGGCUCUGA